ACAAAAAGUAGGAGAGAGAGAGAUAGUCAAAGUCAGAGAGAGAAAGCUUGGAGGAGACGCACAGCGUGAUUUGUUCCAGCGCGGGGAGCCAAUAGAAAGCCUGGUCUGUGAUAACAUCCACAUGCCGGUGGGAGAGAGGAGCUGGAGGUGAAGCCGUGGAGUCACCCCGAUCACCCCGAACCACCGCUCUCUCCUCCCUGCUGCUCACAUGGGAUUCACCGCUGCUCCUCUCCCUGGACCACACGCUCCGGACGCCUACCCCUGACCCCGCUGGAGUACCCCCUCCGCACCGCACGCUGUCCCGGGACACCUCAGAGAGGUAAAGCACACAGAAAGGCACUGAGCGCCGGGACAGAGGAUCCAUCUGCUGGUACCUAUUAACCACUUUGAGAUGUUCUGGAAGCUGGCUUUGUCCGCCCUGCUGGCGGGAGUUUUCUGCGCGGCGGCGGAGUCCAGGAAGAGCCGGCCGCAGAGCGCCUUUCCCUCCCCCUACAAGAUCCACAGCAACACGUCGGAGCGGCGCGGGGGGGCGCGCCGGCAGGACGUGCUGGCCUCCAGCCAGGAGGCCCUGGUGGUGACCGAGAGGAAGUACCUGCGGAGCGACUGGUGCAAGACGCAGCCGCUGAGGCAGACGGUGAGCGAGGAGGGCUGCCGCAGCCGCACCGUCAUCAACCGCUUCUGCUACGGCCAGUGCAACUCCUUCUACAUCCCGCGCCACGUGCGCAAGGAGCAGGAGUCCUUCCAGUCCUGCGCCUUCUGCCGGCCGAACCGGCUCACCACGCUCACCGUGCAGCUGGACUGCCCCGACCUGCAGCCCGGCUUCCGGCACCGCAAGAUCCAGCGCGUCAAGCAGUGCCGGUGCAUGUCGGUCGCCGUGGGCGACCCCAGCAAGCGCUAAGACUGCCCCUAUCGAAGCUCGUCUGCUUCUUUAUAUGGCUUCUUCCAGGAGAAACCUUUGUGAAAAGGUAGAUGCAGGGAGUCUGGGUAAUCUUCUCAAUUCACCAGAACAAGAGAGCAAAAACUAUAUCCACAAAUUUGGACACGCACACACACACACACACACACACAUACUUUCCUGACAAACACCUCAACUCAACUCAAGCGGCACAGCAUGGCUCUUGUUCUUCAUGGCGCUCGUCUUGUGUGGGUGUUCUGAGGGGCAUGGAUGCUGAACGGACAUCCCAGACUGACGGCGCACUGCCUAGCGACUCUGACAGAGAUAAGCGACGUGUGUAACAAAGACAGUCUACCUCUGCGACUGCCAUCCUCUGGAUCCAGGAGCUUACUGUAAAAUAA